AUGGAGGAGCGACGAGAAGAGGUACCUCAAGUGAAUGCAUUACCGAUAGCAAAAGUAUUACCUAAGAAGACCGUUCUUCGGAGGAAUUUGCAACAACCAGUAGCACUGGAAAAAGUGACCAUUUCGCCAUCGACACAGCAACAACAUAAACGCCAACCAGUUAUGUGGACCAGGACAGUAAGGCCACGACAAUGGGUGACAUCAACGCCUGCUGUCGCACAAUUCGUUCCACUGGCGCAGUAUUACAAUCAGAAUGAGCGACAAAAUCAGCAGCAAUUUGCUUCUCGAAAUCCCCAGGAUGCGGCAUAUCUUCGGGAAGCACGAACAGCGCCGUAUGCUCAAUCUGCUGUCACAGCAGUUCCAUUUGCCUACAAUCAGAAUAGCCUGUACAAUCAACCAGCGCAAGCACGAGCAGCGGCACUGCAAAAUGGCCAACUAAUUCAGCAACAACAACAUGAAUUCCGUACUCCACAGGAUCAGACCUACUUGCGUGAAGAUUACGACCAAGCCAGGAUAGGGAGGACAACUUUGCAGCCGCUUGGUGCUGGCUAUCUUCUUACACCUUCACCACCUUUCUAUGCUCCUCACCCUCAGCAUCCACUGCUCUUUGGCGCACAACAACAGCAACUGCAAUUUGCACAGCAAGGUGUCCAAAAUGCUACACCUGCACCGCUACAGCCAUUCUCACUUCCAACAUUUACCUUGAGGCCGGAUGCAUUGUUCCAGAAUUUCCUUAGUGGAAUCUUCGGUAACCAACAACAGGUAUCUUAA